GCCAUAAGCCAACUGUCAAAAUUUUCAGUUAAAUCCUCCCACAUUAUUAAAAAAAAUUGUUGAACAAAUUACUGCGCAGAAAUCGAAUCUUCAUUUCGUGUUUUUCAAGCAAUCGAUUUUGGGAAACAAUUUGUUGAAAGGCAGCCAUGGCUUCUGUGCUGUGGAUACCUGUGGUGUUUACAACAUCCUGUCUCCUAAUCUACCUACUGGCCAGCAAUCUACCGGAGCAUACAGGAUCUGACCGGUCUGCACUGAAGUUUCCACGUAACCUUGAUGAGUUGAAGGCUUUGGCGACCUUGCUGGAUGAUUACCAUGAUGACAACAUGCUGUACGUUCUGAUACUCUACUGCUCUGCCUACAUGUUCAAACAGACCUUUGCAAUCCCUGGCUCAUUCUUUAUGAAUCUGCUUGGUGGAGCCAUCUUUGGUCUCUGGUACGGAUUUCCGUUGACCUGCCUGCUGUCUGCCUCUGGGGCGUCUUGCUGUUAUCUGCUCUCACGGCAUUUUGGGAAAGACUACAUCGUGAAAUACUUCCCAGACAAAGUUGGCUUCAUGCAGAAAAAGGUGUCAGACAACUCUGAUAGUCUGUUUUUCUUCCUGUUGUUCCUGCGACUGUUCCCCAUGACUCCCAACUGGUUCCUGAACAUGGUGUCUCCCAUACUCAACAUUCCUAUACAUCUGUUCUUUAUCUCCGUGUUUAUAGUUGGAGAAUACCGUCACAUUAUUCAGAGGAAGAAACAGGAGAAAGACCAAGUCAGCAAAGAACUGACCAUUAACACACAAAAGCCACCCUCCAAAAGAACAGCCAUGGAUAUGAUCAGCCACCUAGCUAAAAGACAGAGGCAAGACCAUGUUGACAAACUUGACAGUGUACAGACUGGUUGGAACAAGGAAUAAACAUCAGAAAAAGCCAUUUGAUAUAAACAAAUAGAAAGAUUAAGUAAUCAAACUCAUUUUUCAAAGGCAUCAUAUGAUUUCAAGAUGUAAUUAGUUUUGCCAUUGGUUUGAGAUUGAUGCUAUCAAUGUAUAAAGUGUACAUCACCUUAGUUAGUAGUUAGUUACAAGUUUAUAAAGUGUUUGAACAAUUGUUGUUAAAUAUUGAAAUAAUUAGAUGUUCCUUUAUUCUUUAUCUAGUCAUUUAUUGACAACGGAAGUGUUGGAAGUGUUCAGCCUCUGGACUAGUCAUUCAUUUAAUUAGAUCAAUGUGCUAUCUUUGUAGUUAUCUUGUGUACAUAACCUUAGGACAAAAAUGUAUGUUACUAUGUUACAAGUUUAUCAAUUGUUUUAACUGUUGUUGUUUUGUAUUGAAAUACUCAAAUGUUCCUUGUCUUCUUGUUAACAACUGAAAGUCAUUUCUUUAUAUCACAAGCGUUCAACUCUUUUGACUAGUGUUGCUUUGAAUUACACCUAUGUGCAGUCAAUGAUUGCAGUGUACAUAACCCUUGUACAUUUCAAAAAAAGUCAAUGGGUUUAACUAUUUCGUUUUGUUUUGAAAGAGCGUUCAAUUUACUUUGACUCUUUUUAACAAGACUUUUAAUGAAACAUAGCAAAGUAGCUCAAAUAUUAAUAGAACAAGUAUAUGCACUUAAAUAUUGAAAUUGCUUGCAUAUUUAUUUUUUAAAGGAUAUGAUGUACCUCAAUUUUGUAUUAGUCAUAUAUUUAA